AUGCACUCGUUCGCCAAGAGGUGUGCUCUGGUGGUCGCCACUCUCAGCGCUACAGCCAGUGCUCUGGAUGGCAUCGUUGCUCCCAGCCAGGUCGAGGCCGGCUCGGAGAUCGAAGUAACCUUCCAAGGGUCGAACGAUGAUCAGUACCGCGUGUACCUUGCGGCAAGCCUGUCUGGCUCCAAUGGUCCAACCUGCUACCUCGUCAACUCGACAGAGCUCUCUGAUUCCGUCAACGUCACCAUUCCUCCUGGUGUUGGGCCGUCGGCAGACUACUACAGCAUUGGCAUCGCAGACCUGUCCACUGGUCAGAAGGCCACGUUUAGCAACCGUUUCAAUCUGACCAAUGCCACUGGCGAGUACUCUGACUACGAAGACGCUCUUGGAGGUAGCCCUUUCUGGAGUGCCGACGAUCUUCCUUGCAGCGCCUACUCAUGCGCCAGAGAUUGCGCCCAAGCCUCUUACCCGGACGACCUGACCGACACCGAUGCCUACGACAUGAUGAAGCAAUGCAUCCUGAAUUGCAAUGGCGUCACUCCAGCAACGAGCCAGACAGCUCCCGCACACGCAACAUCGACCUCAUCCAUUGCGAAGGCGUCCACUUUGACCGGCCAAAUGGCAGUCAUCACCGUUUCGCCAGGUGUUGUCCUGACUGCGAUCGAAACCGAGAAGACCGUGCAUGGGAGCACCAUCACUGAAGCUGUGAUUGGCGACAUGACUAUCACCCUCAACGGUGCUGCCAGGACUAUCAAUAGCGCUGGUUUCAGCCUGGCCACCAACGGUGUCGAAGUCGGAGGGUCCACCACGGUCGAAUUCUCCAGUACUACUGCGACAAUGGGAGGGCCCACUGCCACCGAAGCACAACUUGCAGCGAGCUCCAGCGGUAGCGCAGCCAACAACAAGUUCUUCGCAGGUGCUGCUGCAGGCUUUGCAGGUCUUGCUUUCGUUCUAUGA